GUGGGUGGGGAAAGUCAUUGUUUAGCAGGAGAGCCCGCCCCUCGCACAGAGAGAAGGAGGGGCUGUAGGUAGAGCCUGAGAAGUUGGAGUGAAUGAGAGGAGGAAGGCGAUGAUGAUGAUGAUGAGGAGCAAAGGAAGCGCAAAGUGAGAGAAGCAGCGGCAGAAGUAGGAGCUGGGGCAGAUCAAGAGGCAGAAACGUGAGCAGAGUAAUGUGCGGGGGACAGGGGAGUGGCCUAACUAGAAUAUUAUCGCACAGCCGUUUGGUGACAGCAGAGGGGUGGCCGCCGGUGCAUGGGAUCCCAAUGGGAGCUCCUCAGCCAAAGUAGGAGACAUCCCCAGACCGCUGUAAAAGAUCAAAAAGGAUGUGAACUCAUCUCCAGCUAAUAAUUAAAGGCAUUAAGUGCUCAGGGAGACUGGAUCUGUCCUACUGUGUAACCAGUCGCAACAUGAAAGCAGCUGGAAACGGAGGAGCUGAAUGAGUGACACAUUAGCUACAUCUCACCUGCACCGGUUCCACUAGGAGACAUUGUAGCAAUCGGGACUUUCACUACAACUUUGAGAGAUGAUUGACAUCCCUGCCGGGUUGAGGGUCUUUUGUGCUGAGGACCAUUGAUGAACAUCUGACCUUGCGAGUGAACCACAUAGGACUCGUUGGAAAUUACAGAACAUGACAGAGGAGAUGGAGCGUCCCAGGAGCGGUCUCAGCAUGGCGAGCAGCGUAGCCACAAAUGCUUCGGUCAGCCAGGGCUCCAGGCAAACAACCAGGUCUGUGAAGAGGGUACACACGUUUGGCAAGAGAGAAUACUCCAUCAAGAGGGAUCCCAACUCCCCUGUUGUGAUUCGCGGCUGGUUGUAUAAACAGGACAGUUCUGGCUUGCGUCUCUGGAAAAGAAGAUGGUUUGUGCUGUCAGAUUUAUGCUUAUUCUAUUAUAGAGAUAGCCGAGAGGAAAUAGUGCUGGGCAGCAUCCUUUUGCCAAGCUACCAAAUCUUACCUGCCAACCCUCGAGAGGUGAAAAACCGGAGGUUCAGCUUUAAGGCAGAGCAUCCUGGCAUGCGGACCUAUUACUUUGGCGCUGACACACAUGAAGAUAUGAAUGCCUGGAUCCGGGCCAUGAACCACUCUGCCCUGGUGGUUUCCGAGGAAAAAAUGAAGAAUAGCCAAAUUCAAAACCUGUCUAAUUCUACCCAAGAAGAUCUAUAUGCCAGCUAUGAGGACUUCUUACACUCUGGAAUAGGUGCUGCUGGUGAGCAUGCCAAAAGUGCAGAAUCCCUUGAAAUUGCCCACCUUUCCGAAACCAGAUCUCAAGAUGAGGGCUCAAGGGAAAGUCUCCCAGAACAGGAGCGCAAUGGAGACUUGGAUAAGGACAGCUUGUUCAAUGGACUCAAAGAAUCUCUCACUGAUGCUAUUCAGCAUUUUACAACAUUAUCCCAAAAUGGGUCAGUUCCACCACCCACUCCUGAAAAUGGGGUGAAGGUUGCUGAUUUCCCGUACAGUCGGCUAGAACUGGAAAACCAAAGGUCACUGGAGAGAAAAGACUCUAUUCCCGAGGAUGAGGAGUGGGUUCCUUUUCACAAGGGAGAGCCUGACAUAAAGGAAUCCUUGGAGUCUUACUCUGCCAGAAGUCCAUCCAGAGUUCCACCAAAGGGAUUUGAAUGUCCUCAUGAUGUGUAUUCCUCCCCACUAUCUCGUUCUGCCCCUUCAUCCCCUGCUGUCCUCCCUGGACAUAUGUACAUUUGUGAAGCUGGAGAAAGGAACUCCAGAGACGGAAAAUAUGUGGCACAGCGUGAGCCUCCUGAAUCUCCUCAAACUCGCCUCCUGUCUUCUAUUUCUUCUUGCUCCCCAUCAAGAGUCACAACUUGUCCUUCACCUGAAAUUAGAGAAUAUGUAAUUCAACGACUUGUAAAACCCUCAAGAUCUUUGUCUCUUCCACCAACUCCUUCUGAACAUCCUAGACACAGAAUGGCAAAAAUGAGUCCUCCACCAAGUGUCAAGUAUGGAGUUCCAUUCAUCUCUGAGAAAUCUAUGAACUAUUCAGACACAUCUCAUGCUAGUCCUGGGCCAACAGUAGGGAGCCCAACAAGAAAGGAUAUACUUUAUUGUGUAAGCCGCAGUCCUAAAGGCCAGCCUAAUCCAUCUCAAGCAGCUUCCAAUGAAGAUCUGGCUGUGAGUGCAUCUCCUUCACUAGGCAGGACAACUGUCAGAUCCAACACUCCUGUUGGACGGGUGGACAUGGUUCCUGCAGAAGAUAAAGCUGGAAAUUUCAUACAUGGCCCUAGACACAUUGAAGACAGAGCAUAUUUUGUGACCAGUUCUCGGAUUAGAAGCCAUAUGAUGAAAUCUUUAUCAAGACCCCAGACUCCAUCUGAUCGGUAUGAUGUUUUGCCUACUGAAGAGCGUUACUCUUCGUCUACAAUGGCAAAGGGUCCUAACAGAUAUAGUAGGCGGUCUCAGCCUUUGGGUGCUGAAGACGAACGGCUGGUAGAUGGAUGUGGGAUGCCUAUCCCUCAGAGAACUCAUGCUUAUCCCAAUAGCAGGAUGCAGAUGAGACCCAGCACUCCAGCUGAGAGAAUUAUAGUGGAAGAGUGCCCUCCUGAGUUAUCAUUAACACCACCACUCAGAAGACACGGAAGCCAUGUGACACGGUACUCCGAGAGACCCCUGCUUCCUCAAGGAACUUUUUCUGGCCACGCUGUGGGCUCUGUACCAAGGCAAUUGCAGAAACUGGGGUCCAGCAGUUACUCCCAGUUGCCUCCCCUGCCUCCUGUUUCUGGCAGGCCUGGACCUCACGUGCCUGUUGGGAAGAGGAUGUCCCUUAGUGCGAUGCCAUCCGGUUCGGCACCAUAUCGGGAGCGUGUUCCUUACCCCGUGCGCCUGGCAGAGAAUAACAUUGAUGUUCUUCUGACAAAGCUCUGCGGUCAGGAUAAACUGCUUGUCAGUCUGGAAGAUGAAACUGCUCAUCUCCGAGCUGAAAAGGAGAAACUGGAGGACGCCCUUCAAGCAACACAUCACCACCUUGAGGAGUUCCAGGGUCAGGACCACGUGAUUGAGAAUAUUUGGUACCAGCAGAGGCUACUGCAAGACGACCUUGUGUAUGUGCGUGCCAGGCUAUGUGACCUCACCCUUGAGCGUGAGAGGGUGUGGGAAGAAUACAGAGGACUUGACAAUGAGCUGCACACUGUAAGGGAAACAUUGGAUCGUGUCAGCCACAUUGGGCACCUACAGGACCAGCUGGCUGCUCAGCGAGACCUUUGGAUGAUUAAUGAUAUCAUUUCUGGGCUCCAAUUCAACAAAAGCACCAUUCAUGUUCUCCCCGAAUCCUCAAGGCACCCUGGAAUGAUGAUUAUGCCGUCUCCUACCGGUGAGACCCCACCAGCCUAUCAGAGGAGCUUUCUUCAUCAUUCCGGCUUGCACCCGGCCACUCCAAGAGACUCUCACAAAGAUUGUGAAGCAGUUCCACCCAGACCUCCACUCCCUCGGGAUCAUCACUCCACUGCCAGCAGUGAUGUAGAUGGAAAGAACAGAGUACACAGCACGGACCAGAAUGAGCCGGAGCAGCUACCUGAGCACCUUACAGACUCUUCCCCAUCAACAAAAGCAGGACCACAACCAGCAAGUACCCCUGGAGAUGCGGCAUUAAGAAGGGAUGUGGGAAGUGAUACAAAGAGCUCCUGUCCAGUAGCCAUCCCUACCGGCAACAAAGUGAUCUCCGAGGCAAAGGCAUCGCCUCCUUGCCUGGCAGAAGUGGGCACAGUGAGGAAGCAGCGAAUGAGUGCGGAGGAGCAGAUGGAGCGGAUGAGGAGACAUCAGGAAGCCCAGAUCCAUGAGAGACCCAAACCUGGCGUUACCACCCAGCGACAAAAUUCCCAGAGGGGUAGCACACCUAUUAUUAGCCGGCUAAGAUCAGCCUCCUCUGAUAUGAUUUCCCCUGGACCAAACUCCCCACAAGUGGACAGUGCCUGCCCAGAGCAAAGAAGGCCAGCACUGGUAAAGGUCACGGCCUCCUUCUACCCAAGUACCACUUCUACCCCGCAGCCCAGCAAAGGGGGAAGUUUCAAGCUAAAGGCUUCUUCUAACAAGGUUCAGGAAAACCAAGCCAUUGGCUAUUACUCCACGGAUGACCCAACAUACAGUUUGGUGAUGGAGCCACAAUCUGAUAGUGUCGUAUCCACAACCUGUCUUGAGAUCUCCCCAAUGGCAAAGAUGACUCCUCCGUUGAGGACAAGCAGUAAGAUCGUCACUGCAACCUGCAAGCAAGCGAAAAGGGAGCUGCAAGAGGACAAGCAGGAGCAAAGACUUAUCCAGGCCACUUCCAUCUCUGAAAUAAAGUCUCAUUCUGCUCCUCAGCCUGAGCAUCUAGAAGUUAAAAAGAAGCCUGUGGAGAGAGUUAAAUCACCAGUGUCAAAGAGCAGCCCCGCCACAUCCCCUGGGUGCAGCAGGCACUCGGAUGACAGUUGCAACAAGGCAAACGCAGGGCAGAAGGAACACGUUAUCAGUUUAUCCUACACGUUGGCAAGCGAGGCCUCAGAACUCGGCAAACUAAUAACAGCCAAAACAGUAGCCGAUGAUACAGACGCAAACAGCGACAUCUCCACAUCUGACGAGGCUUAUCCUUGGGAUUUCAUUAUGCAGGAUUCCCGGUCCAGCAAACAACCCGAAACGAAUGAGCGUUGCCAGUUCAAAGUUACUCCCGAUACACCCCAAGGGGAGGACAGGAACGCUAACGUAGCAGAAAAUGGACAGACUUAUUAUUCUUCCAACCAAUGCUCAUCCGGUGGUCCUCAACUCCAGCACCACAACACCCCCAAGGGCCACACAGACAAUCAGCACUAUGAGAACUGGCCGUCGCCGAGAGAAAAAGGAAGCACGGAUCACUGCCAAAAAAUCCCACAAGACUCCACAAUGUUAUCCAAAUGCAACGGCCAAGUGGCCAACUACGAGUUCCUCAUACAGGACCUGCAUUAUAACCCACUGAACGUCAGCAAGGUGGCCGAGUAUUGUAAGGAAGAAAGGGAGCCAAUCAGGAUCACCCUUCUCCAGUCAAGCUUCUAGGAGCAGCAAUGAUCUAAGGGUCCUAUGGACCGAGCAAUGUCUGCUCUAAGCAGAUCGGGCCAGGAAUACUGAUUCCAGUAUGAGCCUGCGUGUGGUAAAGAGGAUGUUUUAAUGGAAAAAGAAAGGGGAAAUGUUGUAUAGAAAGUCAGAGAAUGUAAAUAAUGUGAAUAGAGAGGUGUGGGUAGGUGGAAUUCUGAAGGACUGUAAAAAUGUUAAUAAGGAAUUCAUUAUAGAACUGUGCACAUUAGGCUAAACUAGGGUUAGCCACACUCUGCCUCAGUAGUAGUCCUGAUUCCUCAGUGAGCCGCUAGCCAGCGGAGAAGGCCGGGAGAUGCUGGACUAUGAAGGCCAGAAUGUGGCUAUCCUCAGCCUAAAGGAAGGGGAAAAGCAUGUGAAUAUAUUGUAUAGAUCGGUCCAAUGAAGUAGCACUUGCAAAGUGUUCAGUGUAUGUAAUGAGCAUGAACAUGACUGAGCUCCAGGAAAGUCUCCAGCAGGUCCGUUAUGUUACCCGCGGUGUUUCGGGCUAAAGCUGCUGCCAGAAAUCAUUGUAAUGUUGCACUAUAUAGGAUUCUGCGUGGUUAAAGGCAUGUUCUACCCUGGUGGGGUUUAUAGAAGGGUGUGUGGAAGGAAUAUCCAUUGGUUACAAUCAAUUUGGCAGUGGCAGGGCAAUGUUUCUGUUUCGGAACUCCCAGCACCCCCUGCUAGGCCGGUUAGAUCAUGUCAUACAUGAUAUACACGGCAGUAUAGGGCUGGUAAGCACGGGUUUUUGUUUUAUAUGGAGCAAAUGUGUAGUUCCGCAAUAUGGUGGCCUCCUUGGCAGAAGAAACCAACAUGGGGGGGGUCUAUAAACACCUUUUAGGCCUAUCAUUGUUUUACUUUGCAUUUUAUUGCAGCGCCUUGACAUUUUAGCUCUUUUUUGUAAAGGGCCCGUUAUUUUAAUUCUCAAACAUAAGACAUAUUGUAUACGUGUGCCUCUAGGACUGCCUCUUAUUAUCCUUUACAAGGGGUGGGAACGUCAGCAGGAGUCAUUUCACUACAACUCCCAGAAUCCUCAGCUAGAUGCUCUAUUGGCUGAACAGCCUCUGGCUGACCUACCCCCGAAUAUUAGGUGUCGUAUGACAUCUAUGUUUUGUUUUUCUUUUUAACCUGCCUGGAAGCCAAGUAUCUAGUUCUGUAUAUCCUGUAACAUGUCUUAUACCAAACUCGGCCAAUUACGUGUAGCCAAAUUCUGUUUUUAUAAUCACUGUGCAGGCCUGCUAAAAAAAUUUCCAUUUUGUUUUUUUUUUUGUUAAUUUUUAACAUUUCUUGUAAAGUAGACUGUUAGAAUAAUGUAACAUACGGAAAUGUGUCCAAAGCUUUCUGCUCACUUGCGUUCUCUAUGCAAAACUGUAUGGUGCAAAUAAAGCAAGAAAGUCUGCA